AUGAGCGCGGCAGCAGAGAAGAAGGAGGGGGUUGACUUCAAGGGCUUCCUCGCCGGCACUGCUUCGGGAGUUGCGAAGACAGAGGGCGGCUACGGGCGCUUCCGAGGACCCCUGCACUGCCUCACAACCACCGUGCGGACGGAGGGCCUGCGUGCCCUCUACAAGGGUGCGGCCCUGCCGCUGUUCGGCUGGAGCUUGAUCGACACGGUGAUGGUGGGUGCCUACCUGAACACCAGACGGUGGCUCGGCGAAGGCGCUGGCAGGCAGCUCAGCAUCCCUGAGAUUGCCCUCGCUGGCAUGGUCAAAGCGCGGCUCCAGGUUCAGUACGCCGACCCUACCACCCAGAAGUACAAAGGCCCCAUCGACUGCAUCAGGAAAGUGGUCAAGGAGGGCGGCGUUCUCGGUUUGUACAAGGGUUUCUGGGGCACCGUCUACUUCCGUACCUUCUGCGGCGUUUAUUUUGCCUCCUAUGAGUAUACCAAGCGAGAGUUCCAAAAGAGGGCCAACUGGAUGACACCCAUAAUCAUGAACUUCCUCUGCGGCGGCAUCGCGGCCACCGCUUUGUGGUCUCUUUCAUAUCCGUUCGAUGUGAUCAAGAACCGGAUGGCCACGCAGCCAGACGGCCCAGACAGGCCCUACAAGUCAGUCAGGGAGUGCGUUACCAAGAUCUACCAGAGCGAAGGGUGGAUCGGAUUCUGGCGCGGUUUCACGCCGUGCAUGCUCCGGUCGUUCCCCACCAACGGCGCCGCAUUCGUGGCCAUCGAGCUCGUCAACAAAUACCUCUAA